GGCGCUGGGGCGGGAGGCGGAAGGGCCGUUACGGCCUAGUAUGGCCCGCGCCAUACCUCCUCGACCCGGCCCAAGAGAGGUGCCCUAGCUUCCCUCCCAAUCCCACCAGGCCGCCGCCACCACAUCGCGCCCUCGCCCGCUUGCCGCCGACCCUGACCGGCUGAGCCCCUGACCAGCUCGUCCAGGCGGACAGCGGCCUGCGGCAGGCCAGCGCCCAGCCAACAGCGACUGCCUGACUGGUGAGAGCAAUUUAGCUCCGCCUUCUCCCCAACCCAAAUUUGAUCCCCUCGCGCCGUCAUCUUCACUGCCGGCGCCGGCACGGGCACGGAAUUGAGACGAGGACGGUACGAUAAUUCCGGAGGGGAGUAUUGUGGGCCCACACCUGUUCCCUAGCGCCCAGUAGGUGAAUUGAGAGACUGUUCUCUGGGACCAACGCGGGUAGGUGUGGCCGUGCGAGUGGGUGCGUGGGUCCCGGGCAACAACAACAGCUGACGGCACAAAGUUGCCACCACCAGCGCUUGGUCUGGGUCUGGGAUUUCCACGAGCAGCGCAACGGCGUUCGUUCCUUCGAUUCUUCUAAUCUCCUAACCCAGGUGCGCAUGGUAUGGCCGGCCUGAUCAGCUUGCGCGCCGGUCCGAGGAGUUCACCGUCACUUGCCCGGUCGUCGUCCGCCUGGGCAUCACCACCGGCUUCACAUGUGGCGGUUCGUUUGCCAAGCCCACUGUUUCGCUGUGCCAAACUUCGUAGGAGCCGUAGUCUACUGGCAGCAGCACUGGAGAUCUCUAAGGACGGUUCCGCCGCGGUUCUGGCCAACAGCCUGCCUUCCCAAGGGGCUAUCGAGACGUUGCGGAAUGCCGAUGCAGUGUGUUUCGACGUUGAUAGCACCGUCAUCCUGGACGAGGGCAUUGACGAGCUUGCUGAUUUCUGCGGGGCGGGGAAAGCUGUUGCUGAAUGGACUGCAAAGGCCAUGACAGGGACUGUUCCGUUUGAGGAGGCGCUGGCAGCCAGGCUGUCUUUAAUCAAGCCAUCUCUCUCCCAGGUGGAGGAGUGCCUGGAGAAGAGGCCACCAAGGAUUUCUCCUGGAAUGGCUGAUUUGGUUAAGAAGCUAAAAUCCAAUAAUAUUGAUGUGUUCCUUGUGUCAGGAGGCUUCCGACACAUGAUCAAACCAGUGGCAUUUGAGCUUGGCAUUCCUCCUGAAAACAUCACUGCAAACCAAUUGUUAUUUGGCACAUUGGGGGAGUACGCCGGAUUUGAUCCCACAGAGCCCACUUCACGCAGUGGGGGUAAAGCAAAAGCAGUGCAGCAAAUAAAACAGGACCAUGGCUACAAGACAGUUGUUAUGAUUGGUGAUGGCGCAACUGAUCUGGAGGCUCGGCAACCUGGCGGAGCAGACUUGUUCAUCUGUUACGCCGGGGUUCAGAUGAGAGAGCCAGUCGCAGCACAAGCUGACUGGGUGGUUUUUGAUUUUCAAGAGCUGAUCACUAAGUUGCCAUGAAUUCAUUACCUACCGCAAUUUAUGAACCUUUGCAUUGUCGGCUAAAUAAUUGCGGCCGCAUUUUAAAGCUGUAGAUUUCACUAGCAAUUCUUGGAGAUAAACUGAAUUAUUACCCGGCUGUAAAGUAUUUUUUUUAUUUGUUUUCCCGCAUUAUUUGUAUGAUCCUGAACCAUGAAUGCGGAGGUUGUGUUCCGACGUUGUCAGUGAAAUUGUCCUCUAAGCAAAUGUUGAGUAUGUGAGUGAUUAAUGAAUCACAUCACAGUUUAUUAAGCGCCGGAUUCGAACCGUCGUUUAUGCAAGUAUUAUUGUUGGAUUGA